AUGGAGUCUAGGAAUACUAUAAAGAAGGAGGCAAUAAAUGUUGUCUGUCGAAUUAGACCAUUAAAUCAGAUGGAAAGAAUGAAAAAUAGUACAAUGAGUGUUUCAUUUCCUGGACCAAACAGUGUAGCUAUUGCAGGCAAGGUGUAUACCUUCGAUGCUGUUCUCCAGCCAAAUUGUACACAGAGUGAAGUUUAUGAACGUAGCGCAAAAUCAAUUGUCGCCUCUGUAUUGAAUGGAUACAACGGGACUAUAUUUGCUUAUGGACAGACAGCUUCCGGGAAGACGUACACAAUGGAGGGGAAAAUUAAAGAUCCAGUGUAUAAAGGAGUGAUACCACGGGUUAUUGAAGACAUCUUUUUACACAUUGAAAGAAUGGAUGAAAAUCUAGAAUUUUUGAUCAAGGUUUCGUACAUUGAAGUAUACUUGGAAAAGAUUAAAGAUUUACUGGACAUUACUAAAACAAAUUUACCGAUUUAUGAAUCAAAAGAUCAUGUGGCAUAUGUGAAGGGAGUAACUGAACGCUUUGUGUCAUGUGCCAAUGACGUCCUGGAGGCACUCGACGAGGGCAAACUAAACAGACAUGUUUCAGUAACAAACAUGAAUGAACACAGUUCAAGAAGUCAUUCAAUUUUUAUAAUCUCUAUUCAACAAAAUAAUCGUGAAAAUGGAAAACAGUUGAAUGGUUCAUUGUAUCUGGUAGAUUUAGCUGGCAGUGAAAAGGUUUGCAAGACUGGUUCUGAAGGCUCAACACUAGAUGAAGCUAAAAAUAUAAACAAAUCUCUGUCAACAUUGGGCAGUGUAAUUAAUGCCCUGGUUGAAGGCAAUACUCAUGUGCCAUAUCGCGAUUCAAAGCUAACCAGAAUUCUACAACAAUCACUUGGUGGUAAUUCGAAGACAACCAUUAUCAUUGCUGCUUCUCCGGCAUCGUUUAACGAAAAUGAAACAAAAUCAACGUUUACAUUUGGUGUAAGAGCGAAAACUAUAAAGAAUCAAGUCACAUUAAAUGCUCAGCUGACAGCUGAAGAAUGGCGUCGACUGUUUGAAAGUGAAUCAGAUCGAGCAAAAGGCCUGUGUGGAGCUCUUAGUAGUCUUGACAGCGAAAUAAAAAGAUGGAGGAGUGGUGAAAAAGUGCCAAAAGAUGAGUGGUUCACUGAAGAUAAAUAUGUUAAACUACUUAAGGAUUCUCUAGUACAACAGAGUAUCUCACCCUCAGUCAAUCAAUCGUUAUGUUAUUCAGCUAACGAACAAGAUGACCCUCGUUCACCCACUCAAACGAGUUUAGAAUUACUAAAGCAUAAACUCACUGGCAGUUGUCCAGUUACAGAAAUAAAUAAUGAUGCUGAUAUACGUGAGUUAUUUCGAUUGCUUGACGAAAAAGAUGAUGAGAUCAAUAAACAAGGUCAAAUUAUUACAAAACUAGAAAGUCAGUUAGCUGGAUUACAAAGUGAUUAUACAAGAAUUAAACAAGAAAAUGAAAAAUUACAGAAUUUAUAUGAACAAGCUCAGAGGACAGCUGAAGAAAGUCGUUCAGAAGUAAAAGAUGUAUUGCAUGCACUUGAAGAAUUGGCUAUUACAUACGAUGCAAAGAAUAAUGAAACAAAACGAUGUAAUAAAGAGAUUGAAAUGUUGAACGGGGAGUUAGAUCAACUUAAAUUACAGGCUGAAUCUCACGAAUCUGAAAUAAUGAUGACAAAAGAAGCAUCAAGAAAAGUUUGUGAAAAACUUCAAGAUGUCCUGCAAGUAAUCUCUUCGGAACUUGGUGAAGUAGGAUCGUAUAUAAGUAAAAACUUAAGAUACACAAAACCAAAGGUAUUUCAGAGUCUUGAAGAACAAGCAGCUGCACUUAAACUGUAUGUUCUUCAAAUGAAGUGUGAAGCUGAAUUAUCACUUAAAGAAAUGAAUUCAAAUAAAUCACACAAGAAAGAACAUACUCAAGAGGAAAUCACAGAGAUACAACAUGAUACUGACAGAAAAAUCAGAGAACUUCAUGAUAUUAUCUCUGAAUAUGACAAAAAUAUUCGUAAACGUGAAGAAGACAAUGCAAAGUUAGAAGGUGAUUUACAAGAAGCAAGUAAAGAAUUAUUUAAGCUACGAAUGAAUGAUAAUUUGAUCAAUGAAAUUAAACUUGCUGAAAGCAAUCAUGAACAAAUCUAUUCACGUGUACAGUCUAUGAUUGAACGCAAUGGUCAGCAUUAUCAGCAACAAUUGACACGAGCAUGGGGAGAUUGUGAAAAAGCUGUUCAUGAAUGUGAACAAAUUAAAGAAGAGAAUAUAAUAUUCAAGCAUCAAAUUGAACGUUUGAUGAAGGAAGUUGAACACUUGCGUGGAAAAAAAUGUGAUCAAGAAGUGAUAAUUAAAGAUCCGCUAACCAUGGAAAAAGAUCAAGCAUACAAUGAAAUUAAGUCAAUGGAAGAUACUGUCCUGCAUGAAUUACAAAUCUUAAACUCGUUAAGAAAAGUGUUCGUAACUGAUUUGAAAACUAGAAUUAGUAAACUUAACUCAAAGUCUGGCAAUAAUCCAGAAGAUGAACUACUAGAAGAAACUCAAAGUUACGGUAGUGCAGUUCAAAGAGAAAAAAUUAACUUCUUAAAAACUAGUUUAGAUAAUUUAACUAAAGUACACAAACAACUUGUACGUGAUAAUGCUGAUCUACGAUGUGAUUUGCCAAAACUGGAGAAACGUUUAAAAGCCAGUUGUGAACGUAUCAAAGACCUAGAAACUGCUUUAAGAGAAGGGAAAGAGCAAAUGAUCAGGGAGAAACGUAAAUAUCAACAGGAAAUUGAAAGAAUCAAAGAGGCAGCGUGGACAAAUGGAGGUGCUAGACUGAAAACCAAUAUCGCUAAACCGAUUCGUGCUGGACAGCUGAAGGAGUAAUCUCUAUCAAAAAUGGUCAGAGUUAAUGCAAUUUUAAAUUGUUCGUUUGUUGUUUGAUAAUAUAAUAAAUACCUAUUGUUAGAACUGUAGUGUAGUUUUUCACUAACUAUUCGAUUUUUUUUUCUUCACGUUCUCAGUGGAACAUAGGGCUUCAAGCUAGUGGCUUGAAGUUUCU